CUCCUCCGAAAGCUUCAAAAACGACGACGCAGGGCGUCGACACCGUCGUCGUCGUCGUCGUCCUCCAUAAUCGAAAAUCGCGUCGCUACAGUUUUUUGUUGUUUUUUCAGUGUGCGUGUGUGUGUGUGUGUCUCGUCUUCCCCCUCGGGCGAAAAAUGACCGCCAAGAUGACGAGGUACACGAAUGCGGAUUUCGGAGACGAUGACAGUGUGAACAGUGUACAAUUGACUGAAGGAAUCAGUGCUAGUGCGACCCACAUCCGUUAUCACCCCCGUGCCAAAGUAUGGGAGGCCCUGUCCAACCUGGAACGCGCCCUAAUUAUUAUGUGCGGACUUCUUUUUAUGGUGGUCGUAGUUCUAAUCGUGGCCGUAGAAGUGAUGGGACACCACUUGGAUAAUUUCAAGGAGUUUAAAAAACGUCUGGAAGCCGACCAACCUUGCCUCAACAAAUCGUGCGUUCACAUAGCGAGUAACGUGUUAAGCUCCAUGGACUUUUCCGUGGAUCCCUGCGAGGAUUUUUAUUCUUACGCCUGUAACGGUUGGGUGAGCGCCAACCCUGUUCCAGAAGGCAAAAGUAACUGGGGCACGUUUAUGAAACUGGAACAACAAAACUAUUUGGUGAUCAAACAUGUCCUCGGUAAGGAUCUUAUUAUACGAGGUCUGACUAUUAAAUAACGAGACUGGUUAUAUUAUAAAAAUUAUUAUACAUUCGAAUGCUCCCCUUCAAUAUAAUCCCCUCCCCUCGCCACAUAUCUUUCCAUACGUUUUUUCUAUUGGUCGAAGCAGUACUGGAAGUCUUCUUUGAUGAGGGCCUUUAGGAGCUCUGCCGUUUUUUUGCUUUAUCGCUUCCAUCGACUCAAAUCGGGUCCCUUUCAAAGCAGAUUUCGCACGGGGCCAAAUCUGGUGAAUACGGCGCUUGUUCAAGCACUGGGGCCUGUUUCAUAAAAAAUAUUAGUCCAAUAUUAUUGGCAAAAAUCUAGUAAUAUUAGUUUACAUUAUCAAUUUAUGUUUCAUAAACUUAUUAGAUAAUAUUAUUAAUUAUUAGCGUAUUGGUUAAUAAAUUAGUACAUUUUAUUAGGAUAAUUUGAGAACUGUUUCAUAAAUACCUAGACUUCAUAAAUUUUACUAAUAAAAUUGAUGUAUUUUUAUGAGUGUUUUUAGUAUAAUAAUGUGAGUUAGAAUAAUAGAGUUAAUUUGCAAAAGUUUACAAAAUGGGCGAUUCUGAAUCAAGUGACGAGGAAGAGAGAGUUUUUGUGAGAAGACCAAGAAUAUUUAGGGAACGAAUUUCCUAUUUUUAUAUAGAAGAUACUUAUGAAUUUAAUGAACGAUUUAGGUUACCUAGUGCGAAGUUCUACGUAAUUUUAAACAGAAUAGAACAACAACUAGCCCACGAUACAAGGCGAAAUUACGCGUUAACGCCGAAACAGCAACUAAUGGUUGCUUUACAUUGACUUGGAAGUGGCAUGCAGUAUCACAGUGCAGGAGAUAUGCAUGGCAUCUCAAAAGCUACAGUAUGCCGUACAGUUCACAAAGUUGUUCUAUCUAUUAACAGAACCAUGCUUAGAGAAACCGUUUGUUGGCCCGAUGAUAUUGGAAGAGUUAUGUAUCAAUUUAAACAAAUUGCUGGUAUGCCGCUUGUUUGUGGAGCAGUUGAUGGAACACUUAUUAAAGUUGAUGCACCUAGUUUACAUGAACCAGCUUUUGUUGAUCGCCAUGGAAACCACUCUUUAAAUAUUAUGCUUGUUUGUGGUCCUUCGUUAAAAUUUUACUACGUUUCCGCUAACUGGCCUGGUAGCGUAAGUGAUGCGAGAGUUCUGCGAACUAGUUCAUUAUUCCAAAGAAUGGAAAACGGUUGGCGACCAUUUCCAGGAUCUGUAUUGCUGGGAGACUCCAUUUAUCCACUUAAAUCAUGGCUUAUUCCACCUGUUUUACGAAAUGACGGUGACGCUUCGCAAAUGCGAUUUCUAAGAGCUCAUAAAACGACUCGCAGAGUAGUUGAAUGUGCUAUAGGCAUUUUAAAAGAAAAAUUUCCUUGCCUCAAUUAUGUUCGACUGAGAAAUACAGUGUUUGCUUGCGAAAUGAUAAAAUGUUGCGUCACUCUUUGCAACAUAUCAAAAGCAGAUAACGAACAAUAUAACAUAGAGGAGGAAGAAAAUGCCAAUGAUGACAACAUAGAUGCAGAAGAACAAGAUGAAAUAGAUAUAGGAGCUGAGGAGAAACUUAACUAUUUUUACAAUUAUUUUCGUAAUAAUUAAUUAAAAUAUAGGACAAUAAAAGAAAGGUUAGGACGUAUAAAAGAAACUACAAUAUAUUUUUUUAAAUCAGUCAUAGUUUUUCAUUAAUACCGAUUACAUCACCUUCUUCAUUUAAAAUAUAUUCAGUAAUAUUUUGUGUGUCCUUUUGCUCUUCAAUAUGGCUUGUAAGGUUACAGUGACUUACAUUAAGUGACCUUUCUUUAUCCCACACUUCCAACUCCAAUUUUCGGACUUCUAGUUCAAGUUUUUUUCUCUUGAGGUCCUCGAGGUAUUUUGUUUCAUUGGAAUUUUGGACAAUGAUUUUUCUCUUAAGACAUCCUGCAACCGAAAACAAUUAAUUUUAGUAAAAAGGUCAAAUCAAAUGAUGGAAAAAGGACAGUGUAGGGAAUGAUAAAUACACGCUUGGAAAACUUACUUGGAAAGGUUACUUUCUAUGCACAAAAAUAAACGAGUUAAACAGCAAUUUUUUUUUGUUUUGGGUAAAAAUGGUAUUAUCACUUUCGUUAUUUAUCAUGAAUAAAAUAAAUUUUUCCUCUCUUCCUCUUAAAGCCCAAUUCAUAAACUUUGCGCCUUGCGUUUAGUACGUAAAGCUCAUGAACUGGAUCUGAUUCGACUCACCCCACUUUUGAGAUUUUACUCAUAGGCAACGCAAAAUAUUAAGUCGUUUAAAAGUUAUUACUUAACACGCACAUACUAGAUUUUUAGAAAAAAACAGACACGAUUUUUUUCCUCUAAACCGACUUUUACGACGUUUUAGGACUUUGUGAGAUAUCUAAACCACUUAUAUGGUUACGGAUUAUUAUAGUGUAUCUUAAUACACUAUAAUAAUCCGUUUGUAUACAAACGGAUUAUAAUGCGGAAGUAAUAAGUUACUUACCAUUGUUCGGUUCCGAAUAUUAGGCCAAGUAGCAUCACGCACGUAGGUGUAGUCUUUCUCGCAUGUAAUCAAUCCAAUAGAAACCGCAUAGUCCCUAACUUCCAUCCAUGCGGAUCUUUUUGUUUCCUUGGUCAGUGUGGUAGAAAACUGUCCAAAUAGACUAUCUUUCAUGUCUUUAAUUUUUCGGAGAAAGUUUUGUUGCUUAACUUGCUUUUCCGAUCUUUUACUUCUUAUUUUAGACAUUAUGCAAAUUUAACGCCACUUAAUGGAACCGCACCGCAAAUUAUGACAUAACCUCACUAACUUGUAAACAGCUGACUAGUAAAAUAAUAUUAUUAGUCUUCACUUUUAUUAGUCUAAUAUAUAUUUUUAUGAAACAGAAAAAAGCAUACUAAUAUUAUUAAUUUAUGAGACUAAUAUUAAUAGCUAAUAUUAUCAGUAUGGUUUAUGAAACAGGCCGCUGGAGUACGCUUACCGGCCAAAUACUGCUUCACAGAUAGCGCGUUAUGGGUAGGUGCGUUGUCCUGGUGCAAAAUCCCGUUUGUGUGAAGUUAUCCAUAAAAUGCCAGCCAUAAAGUUAACGC